UGGGGAGACUGCAAAGCAUUGGCACCCUGACCCCCUGCCCGGCCCGUUCUCCAGGGAAGAUGACAGUGCCCACGUCCCUGCCCCUGGACCUGUGGCAGUCCCAAGCUGUAUCCGUCCGUGAGCGCCUGGGCCUCGGGCAGCCAUCCAAGGAUGUCUACUGCUACAACUCGGCCCAGAAUAGCACCGUGCUCCAGGGGGUCACUUUCGGGGGUGUCCCAACUGUCCUCCUCAUAGACGUCUGCUGUUUCCUGCUGUUAAUAUUGGUGUUUUCUUUCAUAAGAAGAAGAUUCUGGGAUUAUGGCCGCAUUGCUCUUGUAUCAGAAAGAAACAGCGAGUCCAGAUUCCAGAGAUUGUCUUCUUCCUCUUCUGGGCAACAGGACUUUGAAAACGAGCUGGGAUGCUGUCCCUGGCUGACUGCCAUCUUCCGCUUGCAUGAUGAUCAAAUCCUGGAAUGGUGUGGGGAGGAUGCCAUCCACUACCUGUCCUUCCAGAGACACCUCAUCUUCCUGCUGGUGGUUGUCAGCUGCUUGUCCCUGGCUGUCAUCCUGCCCGUCAACCUUUCGGGAAACCUCCUGGACAAAGACGCUUACAGUUUUGGGAGGACAACGAUAGCCAACCUACAGACCAACAACAACCUCCUUUGGCUGCACACCAUCUUCGCCAUUAUCUACCUCUUCCUCACUGUGGCCUUCAUGCGCUGCCACACCCAGUCCAUCAAGUACACAGAGGAGAACCCGCAGGUGAGGCGGACACUGUUCAUCACAGGACUCCCCAGAGAGGCUAGGAAGGAGACAGUGGAGAAUCACUUCCGAGAUGCGUACCCCACAUGCGAGGUGGUGGAGGUCCAGCUGUGCUAUGAUGUGGCUACACUGAUAGACCUGUGCAAGGAGAGAAAGAAAAUCGAAAAGAACCUGACAUAUUACACAAACCUGGAGACCAAGAUGGGCCAGAGGACCCUCAUCAACCCCAAGCCGUGUGGCCACUUCUGCUGCUGCGAAGUGCCAGGCUGUGAGCGGGAAGAUGCCAUCGUCUACUACACACGCAUGAGGGGUAGUUUGGUGGAGCGGAUGGCCGAGGAAGAGCUCAGGGUCCAGUUCCAGCCCCUGGGGAUGGCCUUUGUCACCUUCCAGGAGAAAUCCAUGGCCACCCUCAUCCUGAAGGACUUCAAUGCCUGCAAGUGCCAGGGCCUUCGGUGCCGCGGGGACACCCAGCCAUCCUCCUACAGCAGCGAACUCUGCACCUCCAGGUGGACUGUGGCCUUUGCCACCUACCCCGAGGACAUCUGCUGGAAGAACCUUUCUAUCCAGGGCUACCAUUGGUGGCUGCAGUGGUUGGGCAUCAACUUCAUUCUCUUUGUGGGGUUGUUUUUCCUGACCACACCGUCUAUCAUCCUGUCCACCAUGGACAAGUUCAACGUCACCAAACCCAUCCAUGCACUGAAUAACCCAAUCAUCAGCCAGUUCUUCCCCACUCUCCUCCUGUGGUCCUUCUCAGCUCUGCUUCCCACCAUCGUCUACUACUCAACGCUGCUGGAGUCUCACUGGACCAAGUCAGGGGAGAAUCGGAUCAUGGUGACCAAAGUCUACAUCUUCUUGAUCUUCAUGGUGCUGAUCCUGCCCUCUCUUGGCCUCACCAGUCUGGAUUUUUUCUUCCGGUGGCUCUUUGACAAAAAAUCCGCAGAUGCCUCUAUCAGGUUGGAGUGCGUCUUCCUGCCCGACCAGGGGGCCUUCUUUGUCAACUAUGUCAUCGCCUCGGCCUUCAUCGGCAAUGGCAUGGAACUGCUUCGGCUGCCCGGCCUCAUCCUCUACACCUUCCGAAUGAUCAUGGCCAAGUCUGCAGCUGAGCGCAGGAACGUCAAGCAGAACCAGGCAUUUGAAUAUGAGUUUGGAGCCAUGUAUGCCUGGAUGCUGUGUAUCUUCACUGUCAUCAUGGCCUACAGCAUCACCUGCCCUAUCAUCGCACCCUUUGGCCUCAUCUACAUCUUACUCAAGCACAUGGUAGACAGGCACAACCUCUACUUUGCCUACCUCCCCACCAAGCUGGAGAAGAGAAUUCACUUUGCAGCUGUGAACCAGGCCCUGGCCGCCCCCAUCCUGUGUCUCUUCUGGCUCUACUUCUUCUCCUUCCUACGCCUAGGUCUGAAGGCUCCACUCACACUUUUCACCUUCCUGGUCCUACUGCUUACCAUCCUCGUCUGCCUGGGCUACACCUGCUUUGGCUGCUUCAAGCACCUCAUCCCCCUGAACUACAAGACGGAAGAAGUGGCAAGUGACAAAGGAAGUGAGACGGAGGUGCCCGUGCCUGCCCCGCUGACACCCUACGUGCCUCGGAUUCUGAACAGCUUGGCCUCGGAGAGGACAGCGCUAUCCGCACAGCAGCAGCAGACUUAUGGGGCCAUCUGCAACAUCAGCGGGACCCUCCCAAAGCCCAGCCUGGCCCAGAGUUCAGAGCACAAGGAGUACAACGGGGUAGAGGCCUGCCCUGAGGCUUGAACAUGGAACCCUGGGGCACUGGUCUGGGCCAGGGAGCCGGGAUGUGAGGAGACACAGGUGGAGAUGUUGGGGAAGAACUGUCUUCUCUCCACCUAUGGACAGCUGGGGACAGAAA